CGGAGUUUCCAUCUCACAGCUAAAAAGUAGGUUACGAGCAGGGGGCGGCGGCUGCAACUCUGCAGUAUCGGGAAGAUGGCGCCGCCGGUGACCGAUCGGGGGCUGAAGAGCGUCGUGUGGCAGAAGAUAAAAGAAGCAGUGUUUGAUGACUGUAAGAAAGAAGAUGAAUGGAAGAUAAUGCUUUUGGAUGACUUUACCACUAAGCUUUUGGCAUCGUGUUGCAAAAUGGCAGAUCUUCUAGCAGAGGGUAUAACUGUUGUGGAGAAUAUUUAUAAGAAUCGAGAACCUGUCAGACAAAUGAAAGCUCUUUAUUUUAUCUCUCCAACAUCAAAGUCUGUAGACUGUUUUCUACGUGAUUUUGCAAGUAAAUCGGAGAACAGAUAUAAAGCAGCAUAUUUGUACUUCACUGACUUUUGCCCUGAUAGUCUCUUUAACAAAAUUAAGGCUUCUUGCUCCAAGUCAAUAAGAAGAUGUAAAGAAAUAAAUAUUUCCUUCAUUCCACUUGAAUCUCAGGUAUAUACUCUUGAUGUACCAGAUGCAUUCUAUUACUGUUACAGUCCAGACCCUAGUAAUGCAAACGGAAAAGAUACCAUAAUGGAAGCUAUGGCUGAGCAGAUAGUUACAGUAUGUGCUACCCUGGAUGAAAAUCCCGGAGUACGAUAUAAACGGAAACCUCUAGAUAAUGCCAGUGAGCUUGCCCAGCUUGUUGAAAAAAAACUUGAAAACUACUACAAGAUUGAUGAAAAGAGCCAAAUAAAGGGUAAAACUCAUUCCCAGCUCCUAAUAAUUGAUCGUGGCUUUGAUCCUGUGUCCACUGUCCUGCAUGAACUGACCUUUCAGGCAAUGGCAUACGAUCUACUGCCGAUUGAGAAUGAUACAUACAAAUAUAAAACAGAUGGGAAAGAAAAGGAGGCAGUCCUGGAAGAAGAUGAUGACCUCUGGGUCAGAAUUCGACAUUGGCAUAUUGCAGUUGUAUUAGAGGAAAUUCCCAAACUUAUGAAGGAAAUUUCAUCAACAAAGAAGGCAACAGAAGGAAAGAUAUCGCUUAGUGCCCUUACCGAACUGAUGAAAAAGAUGCCGCAUUUCCGUAAACAGAUCACUAAGCAAGUUGUCCAUCUUAACUUAGCAGAAGAUUGCAUGAAUAAGUUCAAACCUAAUAUAGAAAAGCUCUGCAAAACCGAACAGGACUUGGCACUUGGAACUGAUGUAGAAGGACAGAAGGUGAAAGAUUCUAUGCGAGUACUCCUUCCAGUUCUACUCAACAAAAAUCAUGAUAAUUAUGAUAAAAUAAGAGCAAUCCUACUUUAUAUCUUCAGUAUUAAUGGAACAACGGAAGAAAAUUUGGACAGGUUGAUCCAGAAUGUAAAGAUAGAAAAUGAGAGUGACAUGAUUCGUAACUGGAGUUACCUUGGUGUUCCCAUUGUCCCCCCAUCUCAACAAAGCAAACCAUUAAGAAAGGAUCGAUCUGCAGAAGAAACUUUUCAACUCUCUCGAUGGACACCUUUUAUCAAAGAUAUUCUGGAGGAUGCCAUUGAUAAUAGAUUAGAUUCAAAAGAAUGGCCAUAUUGUUCCAAGUGUCCAGCAGUGUGGAAUGGAUCAGGAGCUGUAAGUGCUCGCCAGAAACCCAGAGCUAAUUAUUUAGAGGACCGAAAAAAUGGGUCAAAGCUGAUUGUUUUUGUAAUUGGAGGAAUUACAUACUCUGAAAUGCGUUGUGCUUAUGAAGUUUCUCAGGCACAUAAAUCUUGUGAAGUUAUUAUUGGUUCUACGCAUAUUUUAACACCCAAAAAGCUGUUGGAUGAUAUAAAGAUGCUGAAUAAAUCCAAGGAUAAAGUCUCCUUUAUGAAGGAUGAAUAGCUUUUUUUUUUGGAAAUUCUUAUUAAUAUGUUCAACUAAAAUAGAUCAAGAUAAUGUUGCUAUCAUGUAAUUUAACCAAUGUAAAUAUUUUAUGGAAUAAUGACUUUUCAAAUGUAUUUCUUAAGGGACUGUUUAUGAUUAUGUAUCAUUGAUUUGCCAUUUUUAAUAAUUUAAAUAUUGUUGCUGCUUUGUAGAUGAUGAGAAGAAAUGUUAAAAUGCUUUCUAAAAGGAAAUUUUUUCACCUUUGGAACAGAAUAUAUUAGAGUUGUGGGUAAUUUUUCACAGCCACCUAUGUACAUACUAAUUACUUAUUAGAUACUUUAUCUGUCUUAUGCUGAAGUAUAGUUUUUCGGAAAAGAAUGAUUUUAAAUGAAAAGGUUGUAAAAGUAAACACUGUAAAUGUAUAUGUAUGAUAGAAUGAGUUCCUGUAAGUGCAGUUUUUCUUUCAACUGAAAUUCCUAAUUUCUUUUAUGUGUAAAAUAAUUCAGUCAUUAAUAGAAAUAGAAUGAUUUCACAAUGUAUACUGUCUUGCUGGAUACUUCUAAAGAACUCAACUUUAUAUAAUUUUGAAAUCAUGUAUGUUUAAAUUAGAAAACUAAAAAUAAUCACGAACAUUCUAAGAGAAAAUAAAUAUAUAGUUAUAAAAAUUAU